AUGGAUGAAGAACCUACCGUUGGUUCUGCACUGCAACCUGUCGUGAAGCCGCCCGCCACUGCUGCAGCGCGUAACGUCCGACUUAAGCAGGCGACGCUUAGUUUCGGGAAGACGUCUGCGACGGUUGUGGUCGAGAACAACGUUGCCGGCCCAUCAGAAAGGCCUCGUCCACGGCUGAACAUCGACAUGGACCAGCUCAUCGCAGAUGUGCAUGAGGACGCACACGACAAAUUCAAGUCCCAGUGGGAGGCUCUGGCUGCCAAACAUGCUGCUGAGAACAUCCCCGCCUUCAAUGUCGUCGACAAGGUGAUUCGGACAGUGGCUGAGCACCUCGGCAGGUCGGGGCCGUGGCACCAGAGGUUCAUGGAUCUCCAGGACGUGUUCACCUCAACGAGCCUGGAACUGCAAGGGAUCCAUGCAGUUCGCUGGCUCUCGCGGGGCGAUGCUGUGCUGCGUUUUAUCGCCGUGCUUCCAGGGCUGAUCGUGAUGCUGAAGGAGUGUGAUGCUGACCUGUAUGCUCUGGUGACAAACUACAGCUUUCAUUUCCUUCUUUUUUUCAUUGCUGACAUCCUUGAGCAGUUGAACAUCUUGAACAGGGCCUUCCAGCACAAAGAGCUGGAUUAUGCCGGCGUCUAUGGGCAGAUAAGGCACACCACCUCUCACAUUGAGUCUCGCUACGUUGACUGCAGCCACGACUUCGGUGGCGGCGUAAGCGAGCGGCUAUCCCCUUUCCUCGCGCGUCAUGGGCAUGGAGGAAACAGGGAGGUGACAGUCGAGGGCGUUGACUCUGACGGGCGACCCACGCGCUUCAAGUUCAAGCUGCAUGAGGACGAAGUGGAGGAUUUUGAGGGGCCCGCCACGCAUGAUGGCUGCGUGGAGGUCUGCACCGCGUUCGCGGAGAAGAUCGUCUUUGAGCUGGAGUCCCGGUUUGUCGACCUCGAGGGAAUGGCAGGGGCCAAGCUAUUCACCCCUGACGAGUAUCCACUGGACCGAGGCGAAAGGCUCGCCAGAUGCCUUCAGUGGCUGUCGUCCCUGGUCACUCUGUUCAAGGCAGACAAGAGCGAAGAAAUCCUGCCUGGUAAGCCGUAG